GCUAGAGUUCCCCGGAUUUGUGGCGGGUUUCGUCAUGCUGAUUGAGAAGCGAAGCCGUUUAAUAUGGGGAUACGGAAGUUGGCCUAAAUUGGUUGCAAGGGUGUUUAUCAACCCUGACUAGUGGCCGCGAUUGACUUUGGGAGGAGUUAGUUCGUGUGGGCGCAUAGCGCUGGCUCCAAAGUUGGGGUGGUUGAGGGAUAUUUCACUGAGUUGGAGAUGGGGUCGCCUGUACCAGAGCCGUUGCUCGUCAAGCCGUUGGCGUAUAUUAAGUCCAUACCGUACCAGAUACUCCAUGCACCAACACAUUCGAGCUGGUGACACUCUACUCGAUACACUUCGCUCUUCACUGGCGCCAUGUCGAGUCCGCUGAAAGUCGAUCCAACACUCCUGUCCUCCUGCAAUAGGCCUGACAGGGUUCGCCGCGCCUGUGAUCGGUGCAACACAUCCCGCACGCGUUGCAGUGGGGAAACACCAUGGUAUGCCACUUGGUACGGAGAAGCACGCACAACGGAUGACCGCUGACACCUGGCCGCAACCAAAUAGUGGACGAUGCGCAAAAUUGAACUAUCCAUGCCAGUACCAGCGGACAGCGAGAAAGCGGGGCCCGAAACCGAAGUCUAGCCGUCAGGCCUCAGCUCGAGUCCCGCGAUGUGACGACUUUGGACACCGAGCCGGAGCCUUUUCCUCGCGCGAGUCGACGAUUUCGGGGGAUAGUGCUGAUAUUGGUGCCCCGUCCGCAAUCCUCUCAGCGCCCGACUCAGACGUCGAGCGGUGGCUCGGCCAGAAGGCAGAGCUGCCGAGCCCGAUAAGCACAGUCCCAGACCUCUUCUCCAGCUUUAGUGACUUCAAUCCAUUCACGACCUGCAGUCAAAUCCCAUUUGGGGAUCAGUCGUCAUCUGAGUGUUCGAGCAUCCUGAACUACGGACGCUUCCCAAUUGACUUAUCUCCCUUGGCUACAAGCUGCGUCGCUGACGCAACGACAUUUCGAUAUCCAUGCCUGAACCCUAUCCUGCCGUUGUUGAAAGGUACACUGACCCCUCAGGAUGCGUGUGACCUUCUCGAUAUAUUCUUCGCCAAUGAUGAUGGGACCGGGACAAUGACCAGCUGCCCAUAUGUUUUGACACCAGUCAUUCGGCGAAAAUCGCUCCUUUGUCCUUCAAAUCCACGACAAACAUCGCCGGCACUCCUAGCUAUCAUCCUAUGGUGCGUGUCUCACACUGCAGACAUUGUAGCCUUUCGAGAUACCUCGGCCCGGACUAGGGCAUCACAACGAUUAUACUUUCUUUCUAUGCAGCUUCUGAAGAACAGGGAUGGUGACAACUGGCAUCGAGUUGCAGGCGGCUGGGUAAUAGAUGACGAUAUCUCGAUCCAUCCGACGUCCGAGGGUCAGGAUCCCUUGUGCGCGUAUACCGAGAAGCCAGAGCCGAACGUGGAUGACGUAAUAUGCUUUGUGCUCUUAACAUGCGUUAUAUCAAGAAGCGAAUUUAAGGAGGAAUGCCUGAAAUGGUGGAACAAGGCCGUUCUGCUGGUGAAGAAGCUGGGGUUUAAUUCGGAAGCACGAAUUACGGAAGACACGCCUUCAUCGCAGCAGAUGCUGCUAGGAGUGCGAGAGGAGCACGAAGAACGUCGGAGGGCAUUUUGGCUAGUGUACACGUUGGAUCGACACCUGGCGCUCUGCUUCAACGAGCCACUGCGGAUUCACGACUCGGACUGUCAAGUCCUGAACCCACUGCCCGAAUGGGUCUGGCAAAACCUGGACAUCAUUCCAAUAGAAAGCGUACCUCCUCGGCUUUGUGGACCGUCGACGCACAUAUCAGGCACAGGGUUUUUUGAGUACUUCCUUCCCUUGACGGUGGCACUGGGCGACAUCCUCGAGCUUCGUUCACGCGUGCAACAUCCCCGGUUUGGAAGUUUUGAGGAGCCGCAAAUCGUCAGUUCAAUCGAGGCCGCGCUCGCCAAUUGCGAAUAUAACCUUGAGAUUCUGCGCCUUGUCCAGGAACCUCCCCAAUGCUCGAUUUCAUCCAAGAUGUCACUUUCCACAUCUCCUCCGUCCUUGGGCGAUUCCAGCGAGCCAUCACAGCCAGCACGCGCGAACAACGACCGAACCGAGGUCGUAAUAGCAUACUGCCAGUAUGUCAUCCGCGUGUUGCACAUCCUUCUAUACGGUAAAUGGGACGCAGUCUCGCUCCUGGACAAUAACAGUGGUUGGAUUGCGUCUCCCGAGUUCUUCGCGUGCACAUCGAACGCAAUGGCAGCCGGGGAAAUCCUCGGUCGGAUACUAGAGAUGGAUAGCGAUCUGUCAUUCAUGCCGUUUCUCUUUCGUACAUACCUCUUCCAUGGGAAUCUGACCUUUCUUGUCCUGGCCGACCGGAUGGCGCAGACUGGACUGAACCCAUCGGUCGAAGAGACUUGCGAGGUGGUCAUUCGAGCACAAGAGGUGUCCGCGAUGACGUUCGACACGGCGUUCCAGAGAAACUUCUGUCGAGCGCUUCGUUCAACGCUACGCAGUGCGCGGGAUCAGGGGUCUGAGUCUCGGAUACUGACGAGGAAGGUGCUAUCCACGUAUCGCUGGACACGCGGAAGCAGGGGCCUUCUGUAGGCAUCGAUCGAUUAUUCCAUGAUAGAUAAUAGAUGUCGGCACAAUACCAGCCGCCGAUGCAAAUCCGGGCGUUUGAUCGUCUUGUCAGGAAGAAUCGUGGUAGAAACCGCGAAGUGUAGCUUGUUGCAACCACCCGGCGCGGCCCGGAUGGUAUAGAACGCCCUACGUCUAGGAUCGCUCUGUUCUCCGCCCCAGGAUCAGCUCGUUUCGGAGACCUGGGCAAGGCAAUACUCCUAAACCUGAGCUUAGGCGGAAAGGGGACAUUGUUCAGGAUACCAUCAAGCCGCUUCGCCAAACCACGGUAAAGAUUGAUCGCAUCCAUUAGCUUGAGGUUUGACCGCAUCUUUUUGAAACAGACGUAUUUGAGUCCACUAGACCUUAUGCCAGGAUAUGGGCGCAGUGGUCGUGGCGAGGAAAGACCCAUACGCUUCAUGUGCGUGACGAGGGCUCCGAGAAUUUGGUAGCAGUACAUCGCACAAUAGUCCCACCCUUCAUUUCUGACCCGUAGACAUUUGACAUUCCCGUCGAUGAAGCCUUGGUAAAAGUCGUGUAGGAUGUCGAGCACCCUUUCAAUGUACUUGUACCGUCCUUCGUUCAAAG